GCGGUUUUCAGGAGUGGGGAUGCGAGGCUGCGCGAGCGCCGGGUCCAGCCACCACAGUCAGUCUAAAGCGCGCCGGCGCGCAGGGUGUACGAACUGAAAGUGAGUGUGUGUGUGUUUGGCAUGCUGUAAGGGUCAACAUGGGGUGUUUUAGUUUGAGAUCGCUGCUGUUGGCAGCCAUCGUUAUAAGUAAUUGUAUUACAUGGACCGCGUCCAGGCACUCCUACACACACAAUAUAUCCGGCCACCGCAGAAGACACAGGCGACAGGGCGCCGGGCAGUACUUACCAAAUUCAUACGUCAUCCCUGGAGGGGAGGGGAGUGAGAAGGGCUGGGGCCCGUGGGGGAACCCCAGCAACUGCUCGCGGCCCUGCGGCGGCGGUGUUGCCAGCCAGAAGAGGAUAUGCCUCAUAGAAGGGUCUGGCGCGAGCUGCACGGGAGGGGACACGAAGUACUUCUCAUGCAACACGCAAGAUUGCCCCGAGCAGAGCGACUUCCGCGCUGAACAGUGCGCUGAGUUUAACGACAAAUCCUUCAAGGGGACCAAGUACAGUUGGGUACCGUACACGAACGGUCCCCGGCCGUGCGAGCUGAACUGCAUGCCGAAGGGCGAGCGGUUCUACUACCGGCAGGCGCCGAAGGUGACGGACGGCACGAGGUGCAACGACGAGUCCUUCGACGUCUGCGUCGAUGGCUCUUGCCAGCCAGUGGGCUGCGACAUGAUGCUGGGGUCCAACGCUCGUGAAGACAAGUGCCGCGUGUGCCGCGGCAACGGGACCAACUGUCACACCAACGCAGGCCUUAUCGACAACCAAGAUUACACCCAAGGGUACAACGACAUUCUUCUCAUACCCGAAGGAGCAACAAAUAUUAUUAUAGAGGAGAUAGACAAAUCCAACAAUUAUCUUGCUCUCCGAUCAAAGAAGGACAACAAGUACUACCUGAACGGCGACUACCAGAUCAGCUUUCCUCACACGAUGCAGAUCGCCGGCGUGCCGUGGCAUUACGAGCGCAGCGUGCAGGGCUUCGCGGCGCCGGACAAGCUGCGGUGCUUGGGACCCAUCAACGAGCCACUUUAUCUCUCGCUGCUCUUGCAAGAGACAAACGUGGGCAUCAAAUACGAGUACAGCAUCCCUAAGGACCUGGCGCCGCCCACCAACACCACCUACACCUGGACGCAUGAGGAGUUCUCGCCAUGCAGCGUUAGUUGCGGCUCAGGUUUCCAAACCCGCAACGUGACAUGUCGGACUCGCGAUGAGCUGGAAAUCGUGGACGAGAGCCUUUGCGACGCAGGACUCCGACCUAUCGCCAACGAGACCUGCCAACUGGCUGAGUGCAUGCCGGAAUGGGUGCCGAGCCCGUGGGGGCCCUGCUCCAAGCUGUGCGGCUCCGGCGGCUCGCAGUCGCGCUCCGUGCAGUGCCAGAAGAUCAUCUCUAACGGGUACCCAUCGAUAGUGGACGAGAACCAAUGCUUCAGACGGCUGGGUGACAAGCCCGAAGAGCACCAGAAGUGCAACGUCAACGCCUCCUGCCCCACCUGGUUCACUGGACCUUGGAAACCUUGUGACAAGCUGUGUGGCGACGGCAAGCAGACGCGCCAGGUGGUCUGCCACAGGAAGACCAAGGGCCGCGUGGAGGUGCUGGUAGACGAGAGCUGCGAAGACGAGAAGCCUGCCGCGGAGCAGCCCUGCAAUAUCCACCCGUGUGAUGGUAUCGACUGGGUUAUAUCCAACUGGACCGGGUGUGACUCCUGCGUGUCGAAGUACUACACUCGUGAGGCGCUGUGCGUGACGAAGGACCGUCAAGUUGUGGACUCGGAUCUGUGCUCGUACCAUCGCAAGCCGGAGCUGCAGAAACCGUGCGACGAGUCCACGCUGCCUGCUUGCGAGUCGCAGUGGUAUUCCACACAGUGGAGCAACUGUUCCGUAGACUGCGGCGAAGGCGUGAAGACGCGCAAGGUGUUCUGCGGGUUCUUCGACGGCGGCGCCGUGCAGCAGGUGGACGAGGCCAAGUGCGACGCCGACUCCAAGUACAACGACACCACUCCGUGCGAGGUCCCGGCCGACAACUGCCCCGCUAUCUGGUUCGCGGCCAACUGGACUGAGUGCGAUGCCGACUCCAAGUACAACGACACCACUCCGUGCGAGGUCCUGGCCGACAACUGCCCCGCUAUCUGGUUCGCAGCCAACUGGACCGAGGUCUGCCGUCUUAUGGGCUUUACAAGGAGUUGUAAAACCAAGUGCGAUGCCGACUCCAAGUACAACGACACCACUCCGUGCGAGGUCCCGGCCGACAACUGCCCCGCUAUCUGGUUCGCAGCCAACUGGACCGAGUGCACGAAAGAGUGCGACGGCGGCGUGCAGUACCGUAAGGUGAUGUGCCUGAGCGGCGGCAAUGCGUCCAGCUCUUGUCCCGAAGCUGACAUGCCUGACGAAGAGCAAUCCUGCAACCCUGAGCCUUGCAACAUAGACGAACUGUUGUCCGUAUCAUCAACGACUGUGAUGGAUGAUGACGAUUUACCCGACUGCGAAGAGGAAGAGGAAGAGGUUGGCGCAGAACUGCUAACCAGCACCUCGCUCAGUGAUAUGAUGUUCAGUGACGCCUCAUCUACAGCAGAAGGUUCCGGGGCCACUGAAACGGAAUUCGACUUCACCUCUUUCUCAACCGUAACUGGAUCAGAUAUCACUGAAUUAGGCUCUGGCGAAACUGAUUUAACAACGGAGUCUGGAUCUACGGUUACUGGCUCCGAUUUGACAGACGAGACCGGCUCAACAAGUUCGACUGAGACUGGAGAGACCUCAACACCAGGCUCCACAGACACUGGCUCAACAGUCUCGGGCAGUGAUACCACUGGCUCGGGCGAGACUACGGAAACAUCGUCAGGGUCAUCAGGCUCAGACUUGACCGAGGGCUCCACAGUGGCCGGUGAGACCACGACGCCGGGCUCCACGGUGUCAGGAGAGACCACAGUGUCAGGAGAGACCACAGUGUCAGGAUCUACGGACAGCUCUACUGGAGUCUCGAGCAGCGGUGACACCUCUGCCUCGGAAUCUACCUCUGACUCCAGCUCAACGGUGGCCGGCGAAACCACAACAGCCGGCUCCACUGUGGCUGGUGAAAGCACAACUGCUGGGUCAACAGUGUCUGGAGAGACCACAACCCCUGGAUCCACAGUCAGUGGUUCAACUGGAGUCUCAAGCAGUGAUGCUACCAGCUCAAGCGAACCUACUGAAACUACCUCAGAAGAAACUACGCCGACUAGCUCAACUUCUGACUCGACAACGGAUAGCUCAGAGACCACACCUAGCGGAGAGACGACAACACCCGGCGGGGAGACCACUACACCCAGCGGGGAGACCACUACUCCCGGCGGAGAGACCACUACACUUGGUUCAGGAACGACGACCUCUGUGGCAGGAGAAACUACAACGUCUGGCUCUAGCGAGGCUACAUCUGAUGGAUCCACAGUCUCAAGUGAUGGUUCAUCUACUAGCCCUGGGGAUAUCAGUUCCACAACCGAGGGUGGUACUACACUUAGUGGGCCUACCGAAACUGGCGGUUCUAGUGAAACUACUGAAGCUGGCGGCUCUUCGCCCAGUGGAACUACUGAAACUGGCAGCUCUUCGCCAAGUGAAACCACCGAAGUUAGCGGCUCUUCUCCUAGUGGAUCCACCGAAGUUAGCGGCUCCUCGCCUAGUGAAAGUACCGAAACUGGUGGUUCAUCCUUAUCUACAACGGAGGGUGUCUCCGGCUCGACAGACGGAGGCUCGUCGACAACUACCGAAGCUGGUGAGACUACUCCAUCGGGUAGCACAGGAAGCGAAGGUUCCACAGAAUCAGGCGCUACUGAGUCGACUACAGAAACCGGAACCGGAUCUACUGACGGAUCUUCAUAUGGUUCAACUGAUGGAACUACCGAAUCUGAUGAAAGUACACGUUGGGACUUGUCUACUAUACUGUCAACUAAGUCUCCGCGCUGCAGACCGAGGAACAAGCCGGCCAAGUGCGUCUCCAGCAAGUUCGGAUGCUGUCCAGACAAGAAGACACCCGCUGGCGGGCCAUUCGAUGAAGGAUGUCCAAGCCCAACCACUUGCAAGGACACCAAAUAUGGCUGCUGCCCCGACGGCGUGUCUCCCGCUGGAGGCCCACGCAACAGGGACUGCCCCGUGCCCAACUGCGAGGAGACUCUGUACGGAUGCUGCAAGACUGACCACAAGACACCGGCAGAAGGCAACGACCAGGAGGGCUGCCCGCCGGCUUGCAAGUUGUCUAAGUUUGGUUGCUGCGCGGACAAUGAAACCAAAGCCACUGGGCCGCAUAAGGCGGGAUGCCCAGAAACGUCUACAACUACAACAAAGUCUCCCACGGAAGCAACUACGGAAUCGGAUGCAUCAGCAGAAACAGGAUCUACCGAAGAAACGACCACAGAAACGACAACCGAGCCUGUUACCGAAAAAUGCGAAAUCGUCGAUGGCAAGGAAGUGUGCCACCCGUGCAGCACUUCCGAGUUUGGCUGCUGCGACGAUGGCGACACAGCGGCGCACGGACCCAACAAGCUGGGCUGCUGUCUGCUCACGCCGCACGGCUGCUGCCCCGACAACUACCAGCCGGCGACUGGGCCCAAUCUAGAAGGUUGUGACUGCAAGAAUGCACCAUUCGGCUGUUGCCCCGACCAAAGGAGCUACGCCACAGGCCCCAAUAACACCGGCUGUGGCUGCGAACACACUCCGCACGGAUGCUGCCCCGACAGGCACACCGAAGCCACCGGCCCCAACUUCGAAGGCUGCAGCUGCCACACGUACCAGUUCGGCUGCUGCCCCGACGGCAAGACGCCCGCCGUCGGUUUCAAUCUCCAGGGCUGCCGCUGCCAGGAGUCCCAGAACGGCUGCUGCGGCGACGGCGUCACGGCUGCCUCCGGACCCAACCAGGAGGGCUGUGACUGUGCUUCCAGCAAGUAUGGAUGCUGCCCUGAUGGAGUUACAGAGUCGCAGAGCAAGAAUUUCACUGGCUGUGCUGAUGCUCCUGUUAAUAAGCAAGCGGCCUGCGCCCUGCCGUACGAGCAAGGCCCGUGCACCAACUACUCCAUCCAAUGGUUCUACGACACGGACUACGGCGGAUGCUCGCGGUUCCACUACGGCGGCUGCGAGGGCAACGGCAACCGGUUCGCGGACAAAGCCGAGUGCGAGGAUGUGUGCGUCAAGCCUGCUGCUAGAGACGCUUGCCACCUACCCAAGGUGAAGGGCAGCUGCACGAACAACCCAUCCAUCCGGUGGUACUACGACGAUACUUACCAGAGAUGCCUGCAGUUCCACUACGGUGGCUGUCUCGGCAACGCCAACAACUUCGACAAGCAAGAAGAGUGCGAGAAGCAGUGCGCGCCUAAACAUGACGAAGAAGAACAGUGCCAGCUGCCACUCGAAGAAGGCCCAUGCGCCGGCAACUUCAGCCGCUGGGGCUACAACGAGACCACGGGACGCUGCGAAGAGUUCCUGUGGGGAGGCUGCGAGGGCAAUCCUAACAGGUUCAUAUCUGAGGCAGCUUGCAUGCUGAAGUGCAAUCCACCAGGCACAAAGAAACCUGUGUGCGAGCAACCUCAGGAUGCAGGCAACUGCACUGAGAACCUUCCGUACUGGUCCUUCAACCGCGACGAAGAGCGAUGCGUUCCCUUCUAUUACGGUGGCUGUGGAGGCAACGACAACAAAUUUAGCGAUCAGAAGCAGUGCGAUGAAGCUUGCCCUAAGUCAUUUGUGAAAGACAAGUGCACCCUGCCGGCGUCACCCGGAGAAUGCAGGCAGUUCCGCUUGCGCUGGUUCUUUGACACCAAACACCAACAAUGUCGCCAGUUCCCUUACGGUGGAUGCGGUGGCAACGACAACAACUUCGUGUCAGAGGAUCUGUGUAACUCGGAGUGCAACCGGCCCGCCACUCCGCCGCCACCACCGCAACCUGAAGCGACGUGCCUUCAGCCGACCGACGCAGGCGGUUGUUCGGGCCGCGAGGAGCGCUGGACGUACUCCGCCGAGUCUAAAGAGUGUGUGCCGUUCGUGUACACUGGCUGCGGCGGUAACGACAACAAUUUCCCGUCGAAGGAAUACUGCGAGCUCACUUGUCGCCCGCCGCAAGUGUUUCUGUUUGUUCCAGACGUAUGCUCGCUGCCGGCGGACGUGGGUCCGUGCCGUCGUCCGGUCCCGCGCUUCUACUUCAACGCCGCUUCCGGCCGCUGCGAGCCUUUCACCUACGGAGGCUGCGGCGGAAACCAGAACAACUUCGAGAAUAUGCAGGAGUGCGAACAGCGCUGUGCGCCAGCUCCUGUUCCACCUCCGCGUGAUGUUUCACCCGAGUGUCGCGUGGCAUCCCUCGACCAAUGCCGAGGAGUCGGCCGCAUGUGGUACCUGGACCCGGCUAGCGGGCGCUGCGCCCCGCACGACCCGCAGCCCGGCGCGCCCAGCUGCGACCUGCCCGGCAUCUUCAGCUCGCCCGAGGCUUGCGAGCGCGCCUGCGGUGACUUCAGAGAGAUAGGUGACGUGUGCCGGCUCGUGAAGGACGCGGGCCCGUGCAGCGAGCGCCAGCCCAAGUACUACUUCGACUCGGCCACGGGCACGUGUCUGGCGUUCACGUACGGUGGAUGCUUCGGCAGCGCCAACCGGUUCUCCAGCGAGGCCGAGUGCGAGGCCGUCUGCUUGCCUGGAGUGUCCGAUCCGUGCAAGUUGCAGCCCAGCGCAGGCAACUGCAGCGAGCAGAUCGAGAGUUGGUACUACGACGAGGGCCGCGACGAGUGCGGAGAGUUCUACUACACGGGCUGCGGCGGCAACGACAACAGAUUCCCAAGUAAAGAAGAAUGCGAGGGACAGUGCAAGAAGGGCGGAGUGCCGGAACCACCACAGAAUGAACAAUGCCGCACGCCAACCUCACUAGAGCCAUGCGGCGAGCCGAGCAUCGCCUUCUACUACGACUCUGCAGAGGCCCGCUGUGUACCCGCCCCGAUCGGUGGCUGUACCGACAACCCGAACAAAUAUAGCACCGAGGAAGAGUGCCUGAGGAGCUGCGGCGAGUUCAGAGGAUUAGACGUGUGCCGCGCGCCGCUCGACCCGGGCCCGUGCCGCACGUCCACGCAGAAGUACUACUGGAACCUCCGCGAGGGCCGCUGCGAGCCCUACACGUACGGCGGCUGCGGCGGCGGCCCCAACCGCUUCUCCAACCGGCCCGAGUGCGAGGAGGUCUGCGGACAUCUAGCUAUCGACCCGGCGUGCGGGCUGGCGCCGGCGCCGGGCGCGGCGUGCCCGGGCAGCAGCACCGCGGGGCAGCAGCGCUGGCACCACAGCGCGCUGUACGGCGAGUGCCGGCUCUUUGUCUACUACGGCUGCGAGGGCAACGGCAACAACUUCUUGACCAGAGAGGAGUGCGAGCAGCACUGCAGCCCGCCGCCGGCCGGCAACGACCCCAGCGUGAACGAAGUUACCGGGUGCGAGGCUGCACAGGCUGAGUGCGCGGCGCUGUCCUGCGCGUACGGCGUCGACAGGACUAGGGAUCCAUACGGUUGUGAGAGGUGUACCUGCAUACCUCACCCGUGCGAGAACAAGUUGUGCCCCGACGGCCAACGCUGCGUGAUAGUUGUUAACUAUGACGCCACCACAGGCAACACCCAGUAUGUCGGAGACUGCGGAAUAGCGGAGAAACCCGGCACGUGUCCCGCGGAGGAGGCAGCCCCCUCCAGCACGUGCCACGUGGAGUGCAACGACGAUGCUGACUGCCGCGGUGAGCAGAAGUGCUGCAGCAGCGGCUGCAGCCGGCUCUGCCGCGAGCCCGGGAGCGCAGCGCCAGCGCCUGUCGACUGUUCGGCCGAACAGGCUCGAUGCGCGUCGCUGCAGUGCGAGUUAUCAAUGCAAAGAACUCGAUUAACAAACGGCUGCGAGCGCUGCGACUGUGUCAGACCUGAACCCAACUGCCAACCGUUCGUAGACGAGUGCAACGCGCUCAAGUGCAACUAUGGACCGAUCACGAGGACCACUGAUGCCGAUGGAUGCGAGAGGUGUACCUGCAUUGGUCACCCAUGUGAAGGCAAGCAAUGCCCCGAGGGUGAACGCUGCACGGUGACCGCUUCCUACGAUGGCCCGUCCGGCAGUACCCAGUACACCGGUGAUUGCGCGAUAGUGGACAAGCCCGGCACGUGCCCCGCGGAGCAGGGCUCCUCCGGCUCGUGCCACGUGGAGUGCAACGACGACGCGGACUGCCGCGGCGUGCAGAAGUGCUGCAGCAGCGGCUGCAGCCGGCUCUGCCGCGCGCCCGCCGCGCCCGAGAACGCAGUGCAAAUGCCAAGGGAACCACAAGCGCCAGCACCUAACCCAGAAACGGAGCACGAAGUGAGCUCGUCAGAGGGCGGCACCGCGACACUGCGGUGCCUGUUCCACAGCAACCCGCCGCCGAAGAUCACGUGGAGGAAGGGAGAGAUCACGAUCGAUGGCACUCAAGGCCGCUACCGGCUGACAUCCGACGGCGCGCUUCAAAUCGUGUCGCUAUACCGCGACGACUCGGGCGUAUACAUCUGUGUGGCCGAGAACGAACUAGGAACCUCGCAGCAGGAGAUUGAACUGCAUGUUGACGAUAGUAUUCUAAAUUGUCAAACUCCUCCACAGGACAGGCGUUGCCUAGUGUGGAGGUACGUAUAUACAUACCUACUAACGUACUUAAAAAGUUUAUCAUACGUAGUUGACCGGCAGCCGGGUAACCUUUCGCAGUCAACACUCGUUUAUCUAAACACGAUUAGCGAUAUAAGCGACUUCCGAGUUCCCCUAUCGUACAGUCUAGAUACGCAGUUUCAAUACAGUCGACUGGCCAAGCUUGGCUUGUACUUACUUACACGUCUCGCAAAGAUGGUCGCGCGUGGUUGUGUUCUGUUGUUCGUGGUGAGCGCCCUGGCGCACCCCUACCAAGGUCCCGUGGAAGCGCCCGCCGGGAUCGCCGGCGAGUCCGAAUCGGAAGUGAUCGGGGAUAUCGGACAUAGGCUCCGUAUCCGCUGCCUCGCGUACGGGUUUCCUACGCCGUCCAUAGCGUGGUACCACCGGCCGACGGCCACGAUGGUUCCCUACGACAGCGCGCAGUACGAAGCCAGAGGGAACGAGCUGCUGAUCAAGUCGCUGGGGAUCGACACGCUGGGAGAGUACACGUGCCAGGUGUUCAACGGGCUCGGCAGGGCGGUGUCGUGGACGGUGACGGUGCGCGCGGGCCGCGCGGACGCGAGCUGGCCGGACAGCCCGUACCUGGUGCAGCGCGGCGGCGCGGCCCCGGCCCCGGCCCCGGCCCCGCGCACCGAGCCCCCCGCCCCUCCGCAGGAAGAGAGGUCCCCGGUCGUUGAGAUCCCGCCCGUCCCCCCGCAGUACACCGUGCCGGUGCGGACAGCGCUCCGCGCGCCACAGACGGCGCUAGCUACGGGAGGGCGGCUCGAGCUGUCCUGCGAGGUGGACGGCCAUCCUGAGCCUCGCGUCUACUGGACCAAGGACAACGUGCAGCUAGCCGAGAGCGACAGGAUCUACAUCACACCUACGGGAGGGCGGCUCGAGCUGUCCUGCGAGGUGGACGGCCAUCCUGAGCCUCGCGUCUACUGGACCAAGGACAACGUGCAGCUAGCCGAGAGCGACAGGAUCUACAUCACACCUACGGGAGGGCGGCUCGAGCUGUCCUGCGAGGUGGACGGCCAUCCUGAGCCUCGCGUCUACUGGACCAAGGACAACGUGCAGCUAGCCGAGAGCGACAGGAUCUACAUCACACCUACGGGAGGGCGGCUCGAGCUGUCCUGCGAGGUGGACGGCCAUCCUGAACCACGCGUCUACUGGACCAAGGACAACGUGCAGCUAGCCGAGAGCGACAGGAUCUACAUCACACCUACGGGAGGGCGGCUCGAGCUGUCCUGCGAGGUGGACGGCCAUCCUGAACCACGCGUCUACUGGACCAAGGACAACGUGCAGCUAGCCGAGAGCGACAGGAUCUACAUCACACCUACGGGAGGGCGGCUCGAGCUGUCCUGCGAGGUGGACGGCCAUCCUGAGCCUCGCAUCUACUGGACCAAGGACAACGUGCAGCUAGCCGAGAGCGACAGGAUCUACAUCACACGUGAGUCUACUAUGGCGCUAGCUACGGGAGGGCGGCUCGAGCUGUCCUGCGAGGUGGACGGCCACCCUGAGCCUCGCGUCUACUGGACCAAGGACAACGUGCAGCUAGCCGAGAGCGACAGGAUCUACAUCACACCGGCCCGUCUUAGCGUAAGCCGAUUGGUUGAAGAGGACGCUGGUGUGUACGGAUGCCACGCCGACAACGGACACAGCAGCCAUCACUCCGUGGUGCAAAUCAGCGUGCAAAAACUGUACAUCCCCGAGCUGUGCAAGGAUAACCAGUACUUCGCCGACUGCAAGCUAAUUGUGAGAAGCAAGCUAUGCCGCCACGAAUACUACUCCAAAUUCUGCUGCAAGUCGUGUGUGGAGGCAGGCGCGCUGGACCCUCAGACCCUGGAGUUCCAGGGAGACUCAGCAUUUACAUACAAGAAGAAGUAAACCUGUUAUGUAACCUAUAAACGCCCGUGGAUGCUUACCUUAACUUCCACCGUGUGUAGCGGGCUUUAAAUGGUCGCGUUGAUCCAUAGACAAACCGUCACUCUCAAAAUAGACUUCCUUAAUUUU